AUGCCGUCCGCCAAAUUCAACGAAGUCUACCAGAAGACGCGCGAGAUCAAGACCGGCCCGUCGAACGAUGAGCAGCUCAACCUCUACGCCUACGCCAAAGUCGCCCAGGGCGAGGACAUCUCCAAGGCACCCAAGGUCGGCAUGAUGGACUUCACCGGCAAGGCAAAGCGCAAGCGAUGGCAGGAAAUCGUCGACCAGGGCGUCUCGACCGAAGAUGCGGAGAAGAAAUACAUCGAGCUCGGCGAGUCGCUCAUCAGCAAGCAUCUCAAGUAA